AACUUGUGGUUAUUACUUAUUACAUUAGUAAUACAAAUAUUUCAUAAAUCAUAAGAAUCCAAUGACAAUAGUGUGGCAAGCACACUAGUGCACUACACAAGCCAAACAAAACCAACGGCUAUAAUUCAUUCAACCUUCAUUCAUAAGAUAAGAAAAUCAAGAUAACAAACUCAACAUAAACCCACCACGUGGCAGAUAAGGCAUCAUGAAAUUCCUCCAUUUAUAUCAUCAUCACCACCCUUCUUCCUUCUCCAUUUCUCUCCCAAACCCAAACCCAAACCCAAACCCAUCAACCCUAAAAACUUACUAAAAAUAGUAAUAAUGGCGGCGGCAGCAGCAACAGCAACAAUGAUGGCAGCAAGUUUGGUACCAAAACCCCAAACACCACCCAUGAUGGCUGCAUUCCCAACCAACAUGGGACGGGCUUUAUUCGGGCUUAAGUCAAAAGCCCGUGGUGGAAGGGCAAUGGCCUAUAAGGUUACCCUUAUUACACCUGAGGGUACCCAAGAAAUUGACUGUCCAGAUGACAUGUACAUACUUGAUGCUGCAGAGGAAGCAGGGAUUGAUUUGCCCUACUCUUGUAGGGCUGGCUCGUGCAGCUCAUGUGCCGGAAAAGUCAAAGCUGGUAGUGUUGACCAGUCUGACCAAAGUUUUUUGGAAGAUGACCAGAUUGAUGCUGGAUGGGUUUUGACUUGUGCUGCUUAUCCUACCAGUGACUGUACCAUUGAGACUCACAAGGAAGAAGAGCUUACUGCUUAAUUUUCCUUUUUUUAUUUUAAAUUAAUACGCCUCUUAUUCUUCCAACUCAUUGCAUUUACUUUUUUUGUUAUUAUUUACUUAUAACUCUUAAUUUGUACAAGUGAAAUCUUGUUUCAUUCUUCUCUGCGAAAGAUUAUUAAUAUUAGUUUUUAUAACUUUUAAUUUUUCACAA